AGGUUUUGCCAAAUCCAUCAUCCAUCCAAAACUUAUUCAUCCUCCUCCCGAUGCCGCCGCCGCCGCCGCCACGGCUGCUCGCCGGCGGCGACCACUAUCCGUCCCCAACGUCACCCUCUUCCCCGGAGCACUCUCUCCUCUCCGCGCACCUCCAACUCCCUUCCCCAUCCACCUCCGACCUCUCCUCCCCGCACCUUCCCCACGCCCUAGCCUUCUCCUUCCUCACGCACCCUUCCCCUCUCCCGCGCCGCCUCCUCGUCCUCCUCCACGCCGCCGGCGCCCGCUUCCCCGCAUUCUACCCCUCCUUCGCCACCGCCCUCCUCUCGCUCCCCUUCCCCCUCCUCCUGCCCCACCCACGCACCCGCCUCCUCCUCGCCGCCGCCGAGCUAACCCGCGCGGCCGCGCCGGGGUUCGCGGCCCUGCUCCUCUCCCUCCUCCGCCGCGUGCCCUUCCCCGGGGACGCCCGCCUGCUCCAGCUCAUCCGCGAGCACUCCUCCUUCCUUUACUCCGAGGAGCCCCAGCUCCUCACCUCGGCCGUCUUCGCGUUCCUCCGCCUCCUCUCCAAGAACCGCCUCACUCCGUUCCCGAGAAGCACCGCCGAGUGCAGCAACUGCGAGGAGUGCAACAGCGCGAAGAACCUCGAAGAGCGCGGAAACGAGCUGGUGUCCUUCUGCGUCACGGUGCUGCGGGAUCACUCCCAAGCGUGCACGCUGAUCGGGAGGGACCUCGUGCGGUCGCUCCAUGAGCUGGUGCUCGUGCCGGAGUUCCAGGGACUGUGGAAAGACCUGAUGCCGAGCCGCUGCGUGGAAAUCGUCAAUGUUGGCACUCCUGGUUGGUACACGGCCUUGGCCAUCUCGCCGGAGAUGGAGACGCAGCUGCUCUUCCUGAUGAAGAACGUCAAGUGGGGAAGUCAGAAGCGGUACCAGCUCUGGUUCGCGAGGAGGCAUCUGAUGGUGCCUGGAGGGGAGGAGAGGAUACCGGACAUUGUCCGCUUCAUAUGCUGCGGGUACCAUCCGAAGAACGAGGUCAUACAGUCGGGAGUCAUCGCCCGCUGGGCGGUCAUAGGCUGGUUGCUGACCAGUUGCAGCAAGGCCUACAUUGUCGCGAAUGCCAAGUUGGCGCUGUUCUACGACUGGCUGUUUUUCGAUGAGAGCAAAGGUAACAUCAUGAACAUUGAGCCCGCAAUGCUUCUGAUGGUGAACUCGGUUUCUCAGUAUGUAGAUAUCACAAACAUGCUGCUCGAGUUCCUAUUUCUUCUGAUUGAGAACUAUGAGGUCCGGAGGAAGGAGGCCAUUGCCCAGUGUGUGAGGUGCGCAUUUACCGUGCUGGUGAAGAAAGGAGUGGUCCCGUCUUUGGAUCUGUUGACGUGCUGCGAGAAGCUAGCGCCAUUGCUUCGGCACAAACUUGUGGAAUUUCUAUCUAGUACCAGUCCUUUAGCAGCUGUAGAAGCUUGCGGGAAACCUAUUGAUGAGGUUUCUGAAGCAGCAGACUUGAAGAAGAGAGUUUUAUCUAACUAAAUGUUGCCACACUUCUGUGUCCGAAAUGAACUACAUUCAACAGCAAUUCCACUGUUAGAAUGUUGUGGGAACACAUACAGAGAGGAAUUAAAAGACAGCAUCAGUUCAACAGAAGUUCAGAUGAAGACAUCCCUUGAGCAAGAAAAAGGAACUUGGAGUGUGGGCUCAUCACCAGCCUGCUCUUGGACCAACAAACCUGGUCCUCACCAUUAUGUACAAAAUACGCUCCAAUCAGAAUCAGAGGCUACUCUGCCAUUCAAACUAAAACAAAAGUCAAUUCCAGUUGGGUUCCACUAAUACUGGUAAUGCUACAGUGCAGUAUAUGGAGACCAUGAGCAUGAUGUUUAAUUUCUGCUGGUUGAAAACUAUCACGGAUCAAGAGUUUGCUCAACCUAUGGUAUCUCUGAUUAAUAUGCAGCAGAACACAUAUGUUCUUUUGAGGUAUAAAAUGAAUUUAACUGAAGGAUUGAACAUGCUUCCUUUGAUUUCGUUACAAGUUAGCUUCAAAUGUGAUGAAUUGAAGUGCUGUCAACAAAGAAAUAACUCUGCAAAAACUUAUCAUGCGCUUGAACUGGUGAAAGAAGCCUCUCUGAGCUUAGUCUGAGAUAGAUGCACGAAAUUGGAUGAUGUGAUCAGAGUUAAGACCUGGUGUUGGCAUGUACCUUGGAGAUAUGAUGCGCAUCAAGCUUGUGAUAGUGAGUGUUGGCAUGCUAAUACACUUACAAAAAAAGUCACAUACACUGGAGGGAGUCUCUAUGGAUGUAUUUCUCCUGAGUUAUAGGAGAUCAGCUGAUCUAAGUAGGCCAAGCCCAUGUACUAGUAAACAAUUUGUAACUAUCAGCUUUUAUGGUACUUUAUGCCUUUUCAUUUUAUUGAAAGCAGUAGGUGCCAUAUAUCAACUUGCUCUC